UUAAUUACAACGCACUUGUUAAGAUUUUUAUUUUAACGACAAACAUAAAUGAACACAGAUAUAAAAUGGCGUCAUUCAUAAAAUAUCCUUGUCUGGUUACACAAAGGAUGAUUCAAGCAGCACAUCCUCGUUGCAGUUUUAGGCAGGUAUUGAAGACUAUUUCCUGGUCCCAGAAACGAUCUAUCCAUGCGUGUUGUGUUUUACACACUGCGUACCGUAACACUGAGCUUGAAGACCAGUCUCUGCCUGGAAUCAAGACCAAGUCCUACCAGUGGGAGAAAUACAAUGAGAUUGUUUACCCACCUCAGCAAGAUGGUGAACCAAUGAGGCCCGCUGAAAUAUGUCAUUCAAGAUUUAACAUCAAAUACAGUCCACUCAAAAUGUGGUACAUUUCAAUAAUGAUACGAGGAAUGUCAAUAGAUGAAGCCCUCAAACAGCUGACUUUCUACAAGAGAAAAGGUGCUGAAACUGUCAAAGAGGUGUUACUAGAGGCCCAAGAAAUGGCUGUUCGAGAUCAUAAUGUUGAAUACAAAUCUAAUCUGUGGAUAGCCGAUUCCUUUGUGGGUAAAGGUCCGAUGGUGAAAGGCAUGAGGAAGCACCGAGGGCCGCGGUUUGGGAUAAUCUCAUAUCGGUACUGUAACUACUUUCUGCGACUCCGAGAAGGCCACCCACCCAAGCACUACUACCCCCCACCACAGACGGGUAACGAGAAACUGGAGGAGUAUAUUGAGGAACAGAGGAGUCGACGUGUCAUCAACUCACUGUGAUUUAAACAUCACUGUGGAGAAAUUACACACCUGGCUAGAGAUUUUCAAAGCUAUCCUAGCUCUUCAACAUUGUAACCCCAUCAUAGGCUAGGACGUCACUACAGCACACAAUGGUUUUACAGUUUUGUAGCGCUAAGAUAACUGCAUAAAUAUGGGCCAUGUAUAAAAUAUUUGCAUUGCUUAGUGACUGUUUAUCCAACAUUAACUUCUACCGACUCAUGUAAAGACCGGUUUUAAUAAAAGAGAUUCUGGUAUCGUGUGUGUGUGUAUGUGUGUGUGAGUUUACAAAAACAGAGACUUCGUCAAAUACUGGGACACUUCCAGACAAUCUACGAGGGUUCACGGGUCUGGUGUUAAAAUGUUUUCAAACCACAGUUUGUGCAUGUAUGUAUGCAUAUUGACAAGAAAUGGAACCCAGCCACAAUUUUAGGUCUGAUGUUUUGGCCUUGUUGGAUGUACUUUAUAAACAACCAUGCCAAAUGAAGAAGUGAUUUUGGUGUGCGUGCGUGCAAUUCAUUCUUGUGCACAUGUAAAAGAAAAACAAGGAACUAAAAAAAUUGGAAAAUUAUAAACCUUUGAAAAAUAAACCCAUUUUGGUGAGUUAA